AGCUUCCAGGUAGCAGUAGAGCUUACCGCAUUAAUUCGGUCUGAAUUUUGUUUGGAUCGUAGUAUUUGCAUUUUCUUGCAUGUCUAAAUCAUGCAAAAGGUAGUUCGUUUUAAGUCUAGUACCCAGUGGAAAGUGUCCGACAACGGACGCACUGAGCUAGCUUAGCAUAUUGCUGAGGUGAGAUGACAUCCUCCACCUUCGGCCAGUCGGCCAAUCUCGUUCCAAACCUGGAGCCCGGGAUCGGGAAGUCUGCAGCCAUGCUGGGCUUGUCUGCUGGGUUGGGGGCAACAGAGAUGGAGCUGCAGAAGAUGUUAAUCGAUGAGCGGAUGAAGUGCGAGAACCACAGGACCAAUUACCAGACACUCAAAGCUGAACAUGCGAGCUUGCAGGAUGAGUUUACCCGGGCUCAGGGUGAACUGAAGCGCCUGCUGAGUGACAGACAGGCUCAGCAGGAGAAACUGCAGCUGCUGUUGGCUGAGCUACGGGGGGAGCUGCUGGAUAAAACCAGAGAGCUGGAAGAGCUGCGACUGCAGGUGAUGACCCCUCAGCGGCUGGAGUUGCUCAGAGCUCAGGUUCAGCAGGAGAUGGAGGCUCCAGUCAGAGAGAGGUUCAAUAAACUGGAAGAGGAGACGGAGAAGUACAGGUCUGAGUACAACAAGUUGCGGUAUGAGUGCACCUUUUUAAAGUCUCAGUUGGACCAUCAGAGAGAUGAACAUGCUCGCACACUGGAGGAGAGGCGCAUCCGCUAUGAAGCAGAGAUCUCCCGUCUGGAACAGGACAGGGAGGACCUGGUGGCUCAGUACCAGGGUUCAGAUCCACUGUGUGAUGGGAAACGAGUGGAGGCUCUGCUGAGGGAGAAAGCUCAGCUCCACCUGCGGCUGAAGGGCUUGGAGGCGGAGGUGGCCGAGCUUCGUGCCCAGAAGGAGAACUCGGGCCAGCAGGCGGAGAACGUUCAACGCAUCCAAAUCAGACAGCUAACAGAGUCUCAGGCUGCACUGAAGUCUCUAGAGGCGGAGCGUCAGUCGUUGCGUCAGCAGCUGGAGCGCAUGGAGAGCGAGCUUCACGCCAGCCACGAGCAGAACAGCCAGCUCACCGGACGCCUGCACAAAGCUGAGAGGGAGGUCAACUCCCUCGCCGGCCAGAUUGAAAGCCUGAAGCAUUCACACAAAUUGGAGGUGGCCAGCAUCAAACUGGAGUGCACCCGCUCUAAAGGGGAGUUAGAGAGGGAGAGAGACACACUGCACGGGCAGAUUGAUGGUCUGCAGGCAGAUGUGGAGCUGCUGAAGACCGCAGUGGAGCGACAUAAGGAGGUUCUGGUGGAGAAAGAGCGGGAGAUGGUCAGGAAGGUGCAGUCAGCCCGUGAGGAGGAGUUCCGUAAAACUACAGCCUUGCACGAGGAAAAGUUGGAGUUGGAGAACCGUCUUUCUGCUCUGGAACAGCAGAGGGCGCUGCAGGACGCUGCAGACCAUGCCCAGAGGGAGGAAUGGGAGGAACGUCUUCGCAGCACCCAACAUGGAGAGGAGUCGGCCCGCAGGGAGCUGCAGAACCUCAGAACCAAACUGCAACAGCAAAGCUCCCAGCUUGAGGAAAUGGAGAGACAGAAGACAGAGAUCACUGACCUACAGCAACAGAACCAGGAACUGGGUGUCCAGCUGGGGACACUGUCUCACUCCGAAAGUGACCUGAUGGAGACAAACCAGCGACUGAGAGAAACGCUGGACAGGAUCAGGGAGGAGCUGAGGACGGCCCGAGCCCAGGCUGAGAGGAGCCAGCAGGAGGCCGAGAGGCUGGUGGAGGACCGUCAGGUGGAGUGGUUGGAGGAGAAACACAAGCUGCAGGAGCGAGACGCUGAGCUGCAGCAGAAAUACUCUCAGGUGAAAGAGAAACUGCAGAGGGCGGCAGUGGCCCAGAAGAAGAGGAAAACACUAACAGAGAACAGAGAGAAGAGACUGCAGGAUAAGAUCCAGCUGCUGGAGGCCAAAGUAGAGGAGCUCCAACUGGAAGCUGUGGCAGCCAAGAAACGGUCAUCUUUCUCAGAGGAGCAAGCUCAACUUAGCAGACGGUUGAAGGAGCUGCAGCGACGACACAACGAGUUUCGACGCCUCCUAUUGGGUGGCCAGGGUCCCUAUGGUGCCAGCCCUGCCUUCCUGACCUCAUCAGCCACGCCCUUCCUCCUCCUCGGGUCUGAGGGACCAUUGACCAACAUCCCAGAGGAGCAGCAUCAGAGGGAACUAUCUCUGCUCCGUCGGAGGCUGGAGGACCUGGAAAGCGCGCAGCAGCAGCAGCUGGAGGAACUGGGAUCUCUGGUGCAGAGGGACCGGGAGUCCACACCCCAGCCUGACCUCUGAACCUCGCCCCCCGUUAAGGACUUGUACUUGUAAUGUGGCAUUGUUUUUGUCACACAAAGGACACCAACAAUGUUUGCAUAAAAAUGGAAGCAUUAUUUAUAACUGUAUUUCCAUAGUUUUGUCAACAUUUGCAGGUAUUUCUAAUUUUGCAAAGUACCUCACCACCUUUUUAACUGACCAUGACAUCCUCAGGGUUUGAUGUUGUACCAAGAAUGCUUGUUGUUUACACAUAUCUAAGCCACUCUGAAAGAAAAAAGGUUUAUAGGCUGUGAAUUGCACUCUUUAUACAGACUACUGAUGUCUGUAUAAACAUCCAACAAGUUUAACAUACUGAAACAAUAAUGGUUUAAAGUUGAACACUU